AUGCCGUCUCCCAAUAGUGCCAAUGUUGGGGUCUUACACAGGGCGGCACUUAUGAGUAGGGCCCUCUGUACCUCACGGACUGGUAGUGGAGCAGGUCGUGAGCACAAAAGGCAAAAGCGCACCUGA